CAAACAGCCUUCCUCGUUCCCUCUUUUAAUCUUCUCCCGACCCUCAACAAUCCUCUCUCUCUCUCCAAUGGCGACUCGCUCUCUCCCGAUCCUCCGCCGCCUCCGAUCAUACCCAAUUUCCCCUUUCCACCGCCGAUCCGUCACCUACAUGCCCCGACCAGGCGAAGGCGCGUCCCGCACCGUAACCCUAAUCCCCGGCGACGGAAUCGGCCCUCUCGUCACCGGCGCAGUCCAACAAGUCUUCGCGUCGAUGCACGCUCCAAUAGAAUUCGAGGCCUUCGAAGUCCACGGCCACAUGAACUCGAUCCCGAAGGAGGUGAUGGAUUCGAUUCAGAGGAACAAGGUUUGCUUGAAGGGGGGGCUGGCGACGCCGGUCGGCGGAGGAGUGAACUCGCUGAAUAUGCAGCUGAGGAGGGAGCUGGAUUUGUACGCCUCGCUUGUCAAUUGCUUCAACUUGCCUGGGUUGCCGAGCCGACAUGAGAAUGUUGAUAUUGUGGUGAUAAGGGAGAAUACCGAGGGGGAGUACUCGGGGUUGGAGCAUGAGGUGGUUCCUGGAGUUGUGGAGAGCCUUAAGGUUAUAACAAAGUUCUGUUCAGAGCGCAUAGCAAAAUAUGCUUUUGAAUACGCAUACCUCAAUGAUAGAAAGAAAGUCACCGCUGUACACAAAGCCAAUAUCAUGAAGCUAGCAGAUGGUUUAUUUUUGGAAUCGUGUCGUGAAAUUUCCAAAGAUUACCCGGGGAUUGAGUACAACGAGAUCAUAGUGGACAACUGUUGCAUGCAGCUCGUAUCAAAGCCAGAGCAGUUUGAUGUGAUGGUGACACCAAACCUGUACGGCAAUCUGGUGGCAAACACUGCUGCAGGCAUUGCUGGUGGCACUGGGGUCAUGCCAGGAGGUAAUGUAGGCCAAGAUUAUGCAAUUUUUGAACAAGGUGCUUCGGCAGGAAAUGUAGGAAAUGAGAAGCUCGUAGAAAAGAAGAGAGCAAAUCCCACAGCUUUACUCCUGUCAUCUGCCAUGAUGUUGAGGCAUCUUCAGUUCCCUUCGUUUGCAGAUCGCUUAGAAACUGCUGUUAUGAAAGUUGUCGGCGAAGGGAAGUGCAGGACCAAAGAUUUGGGAGGAGAGAGUACAACCCAAGAAGUUGUUGAUGCCGUCAUUGCGGCUAUAGACUGAGCACUUUUCUUAGUAACAAUUUUGGUUUUUUCCUUCCCCCUUCCGUCAAAGAGACUGUUUGUCUGUUUUCCUUUGCCAUUUUUAAGGAGCAGCAGCUCUGAAUUGUUUUGGUAUUAAAUAAAUAUAUAUAAAUAUAUACAUAUCUAAUGCAAAAUAACAGAUUGCAGUUCAAGAACUGAACCAAAUUU